UACCUGUUUCUUUUUAUCUUAUCUCUGAUUACCUGGUUAAACGAUAUUGUGUUAUUGUAGAGCAGUUUAGGUGUGUUCGAAAGAUGCGACUACGUGUGAUUUUUGUUGCUGUUUUGGUACUGGCCUCUACAGUUCCAAUCAACUGUCAAAUGAGUGGGGUGAAGCUAAACCUCAUGCCAUGUUAUAAUGUAUCAGCUCUACCUGGUAUAACCAUAGCCGACAACAGACCCCCAGCAACCUUGAAUAUUUUUCUGGAAGUGAUUAGGAGACUAGAAGAUGCCAAUCCAACUAAAUCUGCGAAAGAACUCGCAACUUUAAUAUUACAGAGACUUCGGCAGGAUGGAAUCAUUUCAACUGGAAGAUCAACUGAUAUACGAUGGGCCUUACCGUUUAGUCCUUCCAAUUAUGAAUCAGUUAAACAAACUAUUUUCACAGAAAAGUUCAUUACCAAUUCAUCGCUUGAAUUAUUAUACGGAGAUCUCGAUCCUGUGGAAAUUUGUUCCUUCCAUUAUAUGAUAUCAAGCACCACCAAUAUCACCAAAAGGGGAGACGAAGCUUCGACUUGUUCCAGAUCCGCUAGAUAUACAUCAAGAAUGAGAAGAGAUGUACAAAAAUCCGAAUUUGCAGCCGAAGUAAUGGAAGAUUUCCAACCCCGAGCUUUCGUUGCGGAUUCAGAGAAAAGCCAAUGUCCUAUCGAAAAUGGCGUCGUUUAUACAAACUAUGGAACUGUCAAGGUCGGCCAAGUUCUGAAUGGAAUUGCUACCGGAUUUGCACAACAAAACUAUGGUGAAUGCGACAACCGAUAUGCGACGACGGUUUCUGGAGAAAUCGUUGAAGCUGCAUUCGUCCAAGGUACUGAAAACAUCAAAAUUGGUGCACCUGGAGGUUGGAAUAGUACAAUAAAUCCCAAAUACUAUUUUUUGCAAAAAAAGGAUAAACUCGAUGUCACCGAUGCAGAAAUUAGAGGAUCAAUAGAUGGACUUUACAUGGCCCUGAAAAUGGAUAAGUGGAAAUCGACAUUUUCUGAUUUGAAGAUAUCACAAAUUAUCGACCUAUACUAUUCUCCUCAACAGAAAGGAGUGUUCGAUCCCAGUUUCAAGGCAUGUAACAGAAAUAUAUUUUUCAGUGAAAUGGCAUCAACAGAUAAACUGCGUACUGAAACAUUGAAUUUGAUGGCUCCAUUGAGUGGUGCUGGAUAUCGAAUAACUGUUAAACCUGAUUUCUAUCCAGACUUAGCCAAUGCAUCAUUGCAAGCAUUCCUCAACUAUAUACCUCAACUGAGUAGUGAUCUAACGUGUAUACCGAAGGGUAAUAUUGAGAGAGUUGCAACUGAUUUGUUUAUUUUCAUAGAUGCUAGUUGGAACUACAACAUUAUUAAAUCAGUUCUGUCAUAUGUCCUGGAUAAUAUUGAUGUCAAUAAGUUUGGCACUCGAUAUACAGUUUUUGGAGCAUUUGAUGGCAUCAAUAUUACGAGCAACAGUACAAGGUACCUUUUAGACUUCCAGAAACAAUAUAAUCUCACCAUUCAUCAGACAAUAAGACCAAACUUCGAUUACUCCAAAGUAUAUGAAGUGAUGGAAUCAAUUGCUAAAUCCAAACUGAACAAUAAAACGUAUAGUGGUGGAGAAUCGACCAUUGCCCUGUUAAUUCCUAGAACUAUACCAGAUGCGGGUCAAAGAAUAUUUUUGGAGCAAAGGAAAGAAAUCAUCAAGCGGUAUAUGCCAGAUUUAACAGUAUUAGUACUGGGAGCUGGAACCCAAGGAGACUACUCAUCAGUGGUCUUCAACCCUAAAGACUUCAAUUUGAUGACUGAAACAACAAAUGAAAAUGAUCUCAAGAGAUUGGGCCAAAGUAUAGUUGACAGAAUAAAAAAUGUUCCGAGGUCCAUUGUCAAUCCAUCAUGCGGGUCUAAAUUCAACGGACCAACAACAACAUUCACAUCAACGGACUACGUAGAAUUAAAUGGCGUAAAUUACUACAAAAUAUCGCCUAACUAUUUUUAUGCUGGAGAAGGCACUAGGAACCUCCGAAUAAGUGAACUGAGUUACGGAAGUAUCGAUGUGUGCAUUUCGAGAGAUCAAAUAAGGCCCAGCUUUCAGACAAGCGAGUGCCAAACACUCAAGUCGAGCGUUCUAACAAAAGAUAUAUCGGGAUAUUGUGAUGGAACAACGCUGUCUGCUUGCUCUCCAAUAUAUAUUUCGAUAUCAGGAAAUACAACACAAUACAAAUGCAGAGAUAAUCUGUGCCGCUUCCCAGAAAAUAUUAAAUACAGUAUAUCUCUUGAGAACGUCGGCUGUGCAAGUGGAUCAGUUCGCGUGGUAGCAAAUCUCGCUCUAGUUUUCAGUUUCUUCCUAUUCAUGCGUUUUUAAAUAUACCUACCAAUAUACUCCUAUUUAUUGUCUAUUGUCAAAUACCGAAUGGUUUUAUAAGAUAAUUUAUAGGUAACAAUUUUUUGUUCAGUUUUCAUUCCAAAUUGGUUGGUAGUAACUCUGAAAUAUUUUCUCUUUGACUCCUAGUAACGUGACAGAGGAGGUUACAGAAAAAUAUGAAUAAUUUGCACCAAAUAGGAUUCAGCAUAUCUUCUAUAUAAAUGUUUUCUUGUGUAUAGGGGCAACAUCAUUCACUGAAUAUUAAUGCAACAUGUUUAUUGAAUAUGGAUGUUGGAUUGAGAAAGGACAACAAUUGUGUAGUAUCAUUUUGUACAUAAUUUUAUUAAUAUGAUUAAUAAAAGCUUUCACACUUUUA